AUGGACGACGAGGCGCCCUUGCACCGCCUACAAUGCCUACAGCGCGACUUGAUUGCAUUCUCCGAAUCACGGUUGCCCAAUGUCGCAAGGCUUUCCGCAGAGCUUGAGGACAGUAUCGCCGACCUCAAGAGAUUCUUGGAUCAGAAGGGGAAGAACGACGAGUCUCGCAAAGUGGUUUGGCCUACAGUCACACCCAGGCCGGAGAUACUCGCUAUAGAGGGCGUUGAAUUUAGAGUCAAUGAUGCCUUCAGAGAGUCAGCACUUAGAGUCGCCGAGGAGGCUAGCUUGGACGAGUUGGAAGCUGCGAAGUUGUGCACGUUGGAGACCCCGGAUGCCGGCGGCCUCCCGGACACGGCAUUGCCGUUCAGAGCAUUACUGCGCUACCACCAAUACCGUCAGACAGUGUUGGAAUGCAUGAGAAUGCUCUUGAACCAGUAUAAUGAUGCACCCUCCUUGAAUGACGAGCACUUGACCCUCAUGUUCACUCAAACAGUCGACCAACUUAUGAGGGGACCCGAAGGCCAGCAGGACGCAGGAUCAAAGCUUUGGACGAAGUGCUUAGAAGGUCUCACAAAUGUGGAGGGUCUUCUUGGGAAGCUUGCCGAGCAUCGACAGACGCUGGCCAUGACUGGCCGAAGCAAUCAGGGCGAAGUAGCCGAGGCCUUGGAGGCUCAGCGCCUUCUAUUGACUCGUCAGCAUGAAUCGUUGGCGGGCAUAUUAACUUGCCUUCUCAACGGCACGUUUGCGGUAGACUCUCAAGCUUACCGAUCCUUUGUCACGAAAGUUUCUUCUUUGGACGUGCCCCGAGAUAUAGCGAUCCAUUAUCUGCCUGUCUUCAUUGCAAGCGCCGCGCGGCUUGGGUCGGGCGACAAUACACUCGAGACAGAGUCACACAACCUGCAUAAGCUUUAUGCAGCUGGUCCUGCGGCGCAACAAUGGAAAGCGUCCGAUCUGAGGGCAGCAGCGAUCGUUGCGUGGCUUGCGGAGUACAACAAGCGCUUCGCAGAUCCGACUGCUGGCAAGUUCAACUUGCAAGAACGACAAGAUGCCGAGCGCGCACGUCUGGAUCUUUUCAUGCAAGCAGUGAAAGACAAGGCAUUCCACUUCAUGCUUGCUGCCUGCCAGUGGCUGAAACCGGAGGUUUGGCAUGAUCCUGCAAAGCUUGGCCUUGUUGGCUUUUUGCUGUCAGACGCACCGGCUAUGCCGUUGGAUGCACCAGACCCGUCAUCUGCCAUGGUCGAAAUGACAAUGAACGAGCUCCAGAACUUUACGGAAGCCCUGAUCGAGAAUAUGCCGGACGUUGUGCGCCGGUUGAAGGCUGAGGAGGACGACCAGAGACGGCUCAGAUGGGCUCCUGCGCCAAACGAUCAAACUCAUUUUGAGCCGGACUUGGAGCGCUUCAUGAUCAUCAUGGCGUACGCUUACCAGGAUGACCAAGAUGCUACGCAAGACUUCUGGCUGGACAAAGAGAGUAACCUCUAUGGCUUCCUACGUUGGGUUUCGCAGCGCCUACCAACACCCAGAGUUGCUGCAUUCUGUGAGUUGCUGCGGUCAGUUGCGAACAGCUCCAAUACAGCCAAUCACGCUCACCGUUUCCUUCUGGAAGACUCAACCAUGUUGUCCGGCAAACUUCGAAGAACUUAUAGCGUGAGCUGGGCGCAGAUUUUCGCCGAGCUUGAGGUUUUCGCAUCAUCCUUGCGCGACAAGCCUGCAAUGCCACAGGCAGUAGGCCAGGAAACCCCCGCAUAUGUUGACAAUCACAUCGAAGGGAUCGAGACGAGCAUCAUGCUUGAAGCGUACCUACGGCUCGCCGCCCACAUCUGUAGGAGCAGCGUAGAUGCGCGCAAUUGGAUUUUGCGCGAACAAACCUUCCAUCUCGGCGAGGUGCUCCUUCAAUUAGCGUCAAGCGGCAUUGAAGGUCGUCUACAAGCUUCGUGCUUCAACAUGCUCUCCGCUUUAUUGGUGGAUAAGGUUGCUGAGGUGAAUGACGGCAUCUGGGUCAUGCUGGAUAACUGGAUCGCAGCUGGUGGUCCGGCCGGGUCGACCGCAACGAGGCCUGCAGUGACUGGCAAGCCAUCUAAUCCGGAGCGCUACUAUUUGCAGCGCUUUGCUGAGAAGCCAGAGACUGCUACAGCAUUUGUUGCUCUCCUGAUCGCGCUGGUCACAACAUCGCCCUCACAGACCGAGAUUGUGCUUGACACUCUCCCCUUUCCGGAGCAUCUGGGCGCGCCAAAUCGCCAUGGCGGCAUUGAAGCCUACAUUGACUUCGCUCUCGGCACAGUCUUCAAGCAGUCUGGCGCUUACCUUGCAGCGACCUUUGACGCAACCGAAGUCAGUGUCCUUCGCUAUACCUGCCUGCAAUUGAUGUAUGUGGCACUGUCCACUUUCAAUGAAGAUCUCGUCAUGCUCGCGAACACCACGAGCAUGGCUGUGGACUCUGCCAUCAAAGCAUCAUCGCUUGCCGCAUACGCAAGGCUGCAUCCAUUUGCUCGGGUUAUGGACUGGUUGUUCAAUGACAGUAUCAUUGCUGCACUGUUCGCCACGGCCCAGCAAGACUUGGACAUUCUGGACAGCCUUGAUGUUGGUUCACCACUCGUUCAAGCUACUAUUAAGAGUGUUCAGGUAAUGAACCUUGCGCUUCGUUUACAAGCAACUUAUUUCGACGUCGUGCGUCCCAUCGUUAAGAUGCACUCAAGCUCUCGCGCGCCGACGGUUGGCAACGCAGCGUAUGCGUCUUUUGAUGAUGUGAUGCUAGGCCAGCUCCCUGUCGUGGCGCAGGUCGCCAAAUUUGCAGCAAGCAAUCACGCCGAUCUCAGUCUGGAAACACUGAGCUUUCUGCAAAAGGUAACAGUGUCACGCAAGCUGUCAGAGACAACUCAAGCUGGCGACCGGAGACUGCGCGAAAACAAUCGCUUGGUCGGUUUACUGCAGGACUCGAGUGACGCAAUGGCUUCUGAGCUCGCGCUGGUCUUCGAUAUUGGGGAAUUGGAUAUAGAGAGUGGAGAGCUUCCGCUGAAGGUCGUGAAGGCGCACGCCACGUUGGACAUGCUCAUCCGCAGUCUGGACGCUUCUCCCACCAAACCUUCUCUUGCACAUUGCUUGCUUGGCUUCACUUGCGACGAAUGCGGAGUCGAAAUCGCGUCAGGUAGCGCAUUCAGCAACGCAAGGUCACUCUUCCACACUGUGGCUGCAUGCGCGGCACAAAUAGCUGUCGCAAUCCCACCCAGCAACAUGUCCUGGCUACUUGCCGUCAAGCGCGGUUGCUUGGAAGUCAUCGCAAAGCUAACGCUGUCGCCUCUCACGGCACGACUGGUUCAACCUGAUCUUCUCUCCAUGGAGUUUCUGGCCGCUGUAAUGCAAACCCAGAUCCCAGCGGCUAUCAAUCCGCUAUGGGAUGCAUUGCUACCCAAUGACCCAGAGGCACUGCUCAGCAGUUCCGGCGCAGCUUUGCGCGACUUCAUAGUUGCCCGAAAGCUCUCAUUCGACUUGGCUGCGCUGCAGCUGCAGGCUGCGGCCGUGCAGAAGGCUUACUCGGUGCAAGAGGCAACGAUGAGUAUACUGCGUGGUGUCAUUCGCUUGCCGACCGGCGAAGCAGAGCCGACUCUGUCCGUCUUUGACUUGGUUGACUUCAUGGACAUUGUCACUGCUGAGCCUCUCGAAGCAUCUACUAAGUUUUUGAUUGACCUUGAUCUCUCGGCGUGCAUCAAAGAUGACCCAUAUACCGGCAUGGCCUACGAUCUCAGCGUAUCAGAGCAGCUACUGGUCCUGCGCAAACGCGAGCUGGUCAAUGGAGGUACUCUCAAGGAUGCUAAUGACGAACAGCAGAUCGACGAUGAGAUUCGCGCCACCCUCGCUUCGCUUCUGAGUUCCAACACUUUCCGGUCAAUCAAGGCUGCACGCCUUGCUGCGGUGGAAGCCUGGACGGAGCUUGUCGCAGUAAUGAUCACUUGUGGUGACCUCAGCGAACGCGAUCUCGCUUUACUGGCACUGCAAGCCCUCCAAACGAUACUUCCCAGACUCGAAAGCUCCUUAUCCGAUAGCAUGGAUGUCGCUACGCUACUUGGCAGCCUUGCGUUGGUCGUGUUGCCUGCAGCCUUAUCAGCACUCAGCUUGCAGCAACUCGCAAGCACUGCUCACGAACGCCUCAUGGCUGCAUUCCGAAUGUGCCUGAAGGCGCUGACGGACAGCACAGCUGAGUUGGUGCUACGCGGUAUAUGCUACAGAGUCUGCCGCGAGGUCAUCAAGUCAAUGCCUCUUACCGACGCCGAUGGCAAAUCAACGACACAUGCGAAGCAGCUCCUGCAGCUCGUUCAGUAUGCCGGUGAUCGGCUUCUUGCUGUCGGCUGCGAAGACGCAUUCUCUGGACGUGGCUUGACGCGUGUCUCCGCGGUCAUGUUCAUCAACAUGCUUGUCAAGCUGUCGCAAGCCACUCGGAGCAGUGCAGGCAUGCUGAGGACGCUGUCGAAACUCAAUUUCGUGCCGGUGUUGAUUGACACCAGCAUUGGCAGUGUGGCAGCUUCCUUUCAGGCGGAGGAUGAAGAGUUGCAAACCACGCUUGCGUACUUUCACGCCGCUCUCAACCUCUUGCUGACACUUUGUCGCAACGCUGACAGCACCCAACUCGUGCUCAGCUCUGGUUUCUUCUCCGCGGUCGAGGACAGUCGGCUUUUCAGUACUGACCCGGACAUUGGCCUAGAUAUCGACAAUCCACGCGCGCUCGUUGAGUUCUACAAGCUCCUGGCGGCCGUGCUGCGGGCCGUGGCCGCCAUUGUUCUUUCCCAUGGCUCGAACAACAACGCCACCAAGCAAGAGGCGAAGAGGUUUCUGCAACACAACCGGUACAGCAUGCAGGCUGUUUUCAAGCGUACGAGUGCGAUCCAGAAAACAUCAGGUCCGCCGGAGAAGGAGGCUCUGAACGUGGCACAAGAGUUUAGCCGGUUGAUGCUGCUUACUGGCUUUCUUGAGGACGAUGAAUCGGCGUCGCAGCGGAAUAGCAGGUUGGAUGGUUUCACAUAA